AUGCCUGAUUUUUGUGCCGCCUACGGCUGCACCAACGCACGGAGCCUCCAAACCAGAACGCGUGGGAUCACCUUUCACAAGUUUCCCAAAUGCAGCGAGCGCCGGAGACAGUGGGAGCGUGCCCUGAGAAGGGAAGGUUUUGUGGCUAAUGACAGAACACUGCUCUGCAGUGAACACUUCAGAAAUGAAGAUUUCGACAGGACAGGGCAGACUGUCAGAUUCAAAGCUGGAGCUGUUCCAUCUGUCUUCAACUUCCCUGCUCAUCUUCAGAGGCCGGUAGCACCAAGAAGCACAAACGCUUCAAGAAAAUCAGGAGAAAACCAGCCCAUGGACCCCGAGCAGGAUCAACCUCCGCCUGAUGUUGCUCUUAAGGCCAAACUUGAUGCAGCCAUGGCCACAGUGCGUAAACUGUGGCGGGAAAAGAGCAAUGCCUUGGCAAGGGUAAGGAGGGCCAAGAAGAACAUGAAGGCUCUUCUGGAGGAGCUGAAAGCUAAGAACCUCAUCAAUGAAGAGCCUUUCUAUACAUGUCUAUGA